AUGAGUGAAGUUGCCACGGAAAUUAAGCCGGUCUCACCACCGGAAUGGCUCAACAGUGCGUUCGUGGAAGCGAUUCUGCGCAAAUCGGAAGGGGAUAAAGAUUUGCACGUUGUCAGCAUGGAGAGCACACCGGUCGGCAAACCCGGUGAAUAUUUGGCUAGCCAGCUGUUCCGCUUGACCGUCCAGUGCCGGGGAACGAAGCUGGAUGGCGAGAACGGUAGCAAAAAGUUGGUUGUUAAAAUACAACCCGAGAAGGGAGUCAUAGCCGACACGAUGGACUCGAGCUUGUUUAAAACGGAGCUUAAAAUGUACGGCGAAUACUUGCCCAAGAUGGAGCGCAUGCUGGCCGAAAAUGAACGGCCGGUGCUGCUGCCCAAAUGCAUUCACGUGAGUCCGCUUCCGCAGCCCAUCAUCAUACUGGAAGAUCUCGCCCCGGCCGGUUGGAAGGGACACGAUCUGAUCGAAAGCUUCGACGAAGCGAAACCGAUCACCACCGCCAUCGCACGGUUUCAUGCGGCUUCGUUCUAUCUUAGCAAAAACAAAACUGAUUUCGAAAGCUUCCAAACGGACAUCUUCGAGAAGAAGCAUCCGAUGCUCGAGUGGAUGUUUGGCAAAAACCUGAAGGCAUUCAUUGAGGCCCUGCGGACCUGGCAAGGUUGCGACCAGUUUGUUGAGCCGUUCGAGCGGGCGUGUGCCGAUUACACCGAGCGGCUGCACAGCAUCUACAGCUGCAAAACGUCGGGCCGCCUGUACAAUGUGCUAAACCAUGGCGAUUUCCACGCGAAAAAUCUGCUCCAUCAGUUUAACGACGAGAACGGCGGCAUCGUUGAGUCGCGGUUCCUCGAUUUUCAGGCAUGCUGCUGGUCGUCACCGGCGAUCGAUCUGUACUACCUGCUGAACAACAUCGUGCACUACAAGGUGAAGGCCGCGCACAAGGACGAUCUGCUUGCCUUCUACCAUGCAGAGUUUAGUGCCACACUGAAAGCGAUCGGAUUUCUUGGAUACAUCCCGACGAUGCUCGAUCUUCAGAUAGAGCUGCUGCGGAACGGAUUUCUUGACAUUCUACACUACACCUGCUUCCUGCAGUUCCGGUUUUUUGACUUCAGUCAAAUCCCACCGGAAAAGCUUGCGUCGGGCGAGGUGGGCAACUUGGGGCUGGAGAGCGAAGAGUAUCAAACGCUUAUGAAGUCACUCAUACCCGGCUACGUGUACAAGGGACUGUUGGAAUAG